AUGAAAGAACCACGAGAACAGCGGAGUGUCGUAGGCUCACGCGUUGCCUCCCAAGCAUCUGUACCCCAUGCCGGCCUGGCACAAUGUUGGGUAUGCUAUUGCCGCUGCGGUCUGGACGUUCCAAACAAGAUCGACGCGGAGAUAGCGAAGAUAUUUGGAUCCAUCAAGAGUGCUAGGAACCUCGGGACGGCAGAUAGGACCCACGUCAUUUAUGCAUACAACUACACGGUAUAUCUCUAUCUUCCCCCUCUCAUCCUUUUUUUGUUAUUCAUGCGAAACUUCUACCUCGGUGAGAACCAGAACGCCGUGCAGAACAUCGGUAUUGAUGGCCUUGCUCUGGAGAAUAAUCAAGCCGACGAGAGGAAGGAAGAAGACGCGGAGAAGGCACCGGCAAAGUAA